AUGUUCACUAAGCAAACUCUUCUCGCGUUCGUCGGGGCCCUGGCCCUGGCCACGGCCAAGACUACCACUGUGCAGAGCCCAACUCAGGAUGAGGUCGAGGCGGCCCGUGCUACAGCCCGGCCUUACUCUCCUGUGUCAAAUGUGAAGGGUUUGGCUUUUGAUCGUUUCGUGAACAUCUGGCUCGAGAACACAGACUUUGAAACCGCUGCUAUGGACGAGAACCUGUCCAAGCUAGCUAAGGAGGGUAUCCUCCUGACUAAUUAUUUUGCCGUCACUCACCCCUCGGAGCCCAACUACGGUGCUUCCGCUGGAGGUGACACCUUCGGCAUGGACAAUGACAACUUCUGGCAGAUUCCAUCCAAUGUCUCAACUAUUGCCGAUUUGUUUGACACCCGGCACAUCUCUUGGGGUGAAUACCAAGAGGACAUGCCCUAUGCCGGCUAUCAGGGCAUACGGUACCCCCUCAGCGGUGCAAACCAGUAUGUGCGCAAGCACAACCCGCUGGUUCUGUUUAACUCAGUCACCGACGACGCCGUGCGUCCGCGCCAAAUCAAGAAUUUCACCACUUUCUACGAGGACGUGGCACACCACAGCCUUCCCCAGCACAUGUUCAUCACACCUAACAUGACCAACGACGCCCACGACGCCCCCAUCAGUGUGGCCGGCGACUGGGUCUCUCGUUUCCUGCCUCCCCUGCUGAAGGAUCAGAACUUCAACAAGAACAGCCUGGUGCUGGUCACCUUUGACGAGAGUGGCAACUACACCCACCCCAAUCGGGUCUACAGCUUCCUGCUUGGCGAUGCUGUCCCGAAGCACCUACGGGGCACUACCGACGACACUUUCUACACACACUACUCAAUCAUCGCCUCCCUGUCCGCUAACUGGCGUCUUCCUUCGCUUGGUCGCUGGGACUGUGGUGCCAACCUGCUGAAGUUGGUUGCCGAGAAGACCGGCUAUGUCAACUGGGAAGUUGAUACCAGCAAUGUCUUCCUCAACCAGACUUACCCUGGACCUUUGUCCAGCAAGAACUAUUCCUCCAAGUGGGCUGUUCCUGCCACCAGUGGCGACUGCACUGCUGGCCAUGGUAUUUAUAAUACUGUGAAGAAGACCUACCGCGGUCUUAAACCUACCUAUGACUACACCAGCCCUGUGCCGUAUGACAAAACCAGUGGAAACAACAUCGGCAUCACGUACCACCGUACUCUGAAGCAUGGCAAGAAGGAGACCCGUGUCACUGGGUAA